CCCUCCCUCCUUCCUUCCUUCCUUUUGGCUGAGCGAGACUUAAGGGAGGGGAGGGAGAAGGAAGAAGGAGUGCGCGCGCGCAGCCAGGGAGGGAAGGGGCGCGCGCACGCCCCUUGGCCGAUGCAGGGAUUAAAGACACACAGAAGUCUUCAUGGAUAUAGUUGAUACAUUUAACCAUUUAAUUCCUACUGAACACUUAGAUGAUGCCCUAUUUCUAGGAUCCAACCUGGAGAAUGAAGUCUGUGAGGAUUUUAGUACAAAUCAAAAUGUCUUAGAGGAUUCGCUGAAGAACAUGCUCAGUGAUAAGGACCCUAUGCUAGGAUCUGCAAGUGCUCAGUUCUGUUUGCCUGUUUUGGAUAGCACUGAUCCCAAUUUCCAGAUGCCUUGUUCAACAGUUGGACUUGAUGAUAUUAUGGAUGAAGGAGUUAAGGAAACUGCCCACAGUACCAUUGAUGAAGAUGGUCUUUCAUCUAACAGGAAACUGAGGGAACAGAUGGAUGGCACAACAGUUAAAUCAUCAAGAAAAUCUCCACGUUUAAUGACACAAGAACCUGUACGUAGUCUGCGGCAAAGCACACUGGCCAAGCGAUCAAAUGCUUCACCAUCUUUAACUGCAAAGAAAUCAGCUGUGAAGUCUGGAUCUGCCCAAAAGGGAAGUGUGAAACAGCAGGACAAAGGGCAGACUAAAUGUGAAAGUGUUAACAUAGAAGAGCACUCAAAAGAGGUGGAGAACAAUAGUAAUGAAUGCUCUCAAAAAAAAGAGUCAGUAGAAGUAUCAUCACCAUCUUCAGGCACUUCAGAAAGGGUGAAAUCUUGUGAAGAUUCAUACGAAUUGGAAGCAGAUACCAAACAUGAAAUCUUUGAUAAGGAAAAAUUAGAAGAUACUUCUCAUGCAGUAAAAAAAUUAUCUCACUUACCAGGAACCAGUUCCCCAACUAAAGAAACAGAAAGUGGAGCACAAAUUCUUCUGGAAAGAGAACAUCAUAGUGUGGGAGGAGAGGCUGCAGUAUGUACUUCUUCAGAGACUGAUACAGUACAGAAUAGCUGUAUAAUUAAAGAUGAUGAGGAUGGGACUUCAGUUAAUCAGUUCACCUCGAAAAUAUCUUCAAAAGAACAGGCAGAACACAAAGCUGAGGAAGAACUUAGUAAAACUAAGAUGGACGAUGAAAGCAAAGGAACUGGAAUGACUGAUGAGAAUGCAGGUAACAUUCAGCAAAUGUUUGCAGUUCAUUCUGGCUUGGUGGAUGGGAAGCUUGAAUGUAGCUCAGACCUCCAGGCUAGUGGAGAUGCUGCUCAUGAAACUGGCUUACCAGAAGACAAACAAGAAUCUUUUGAGGAUGCUGGAAAGGUUGAGUUGAAAGAUUAUUCAUCAAGUAUGAAGGUUGAUCAGACUGAUUCAGAAAUGGUUGAUGCCAUUUCUGCCAAAUCAGAAACACAUGUUUUGGAAUGUGGUAGAGUCAAAGACAUUCCAGCCCAAGUUAUACAUCAAGAGACUGACAACGUAAAGAUGAGAGAACAUGAGUCAGUACAGAUGCAGGAAGAUGGGUGUUCGAGCAGUUCACCAAAAUGUGUAAAAAAUGUCAAGACCAAGCAUACCAAAUCUAAGCGAAAUAAAACCACAUCUGCCCAACAGAAAUUAUCUCCUCUAAAUCAAGACCUAACUAGUAAAACUCAGAUUAUGUCACAUGUUCACAGCCAGUCAACAGUAAGUCUGAAACGUCAUGUAGAUGAACAAGGGAAUCUCCAGAAUUUUCAUAAGCCAGUAAAGGUUAGGAAAAAACAUGCAUCUAAAGAAGAGAAAGUCCAGAGCUGUGAUUCUGGAGCCACUCUGAAGAAGAAGGCCCAUGUCUUAGGGAAAAACAUUCCAUGGGUCCAAGUUCCAGGACAGGGACGGAAAUUAUCAUCAGAGAGAAUAGUUGACAAGUCCUCCAGUCAUCAUGUUGGUUCAAAAGAAACCUUGCACUUAGUUUCAGGACUCAUACAUCCCAAACAAGGACAGUUGCCACCCCAUGAUCAGAAACCUUUACAGAAACACCAGCUUCCUAAAACAGAUAAUUCCAUUAAGGAAGAAGGAGGGAAAAAAGAUUCCAUUGGAACACCUGCAGAUUCUUUAAAAGAAGACGAAAAAGAAAAACUGAAACUUAGAAAGUUAGAGAAGAGUCUUCAGCCUCGACAGAGGAGAAGUAGCAAAAGCAUUUCAGUUGAUGAACCACCAUUAUUUAUUCCAGAUAAUAUUUCAACUGUAAAAAAAGAGAGCUCAGAACACCCAUAUUCAAAUGAAAGCAAAAGUCCGUGGGUACCUAGCAAGCAGUGUGGGUUUUGCAGAAAGCCGCAUGGCAACAGGUUCAUGGUAGGCUGUGGUAGGUGUGAUGAUUGGUUUCAUGGUGAUUGUGUUGGCUUGAGCCUUUUUCAAGCACAGCAAAUGGGAGAGGAAGACAAAGAAUAUGUCUGUGUGAAAUGUUGUGCUGAAGAAGACAAAAAGCCAGACUUGAUUGAUUCAAACACGUUAGAUGCACAAGUGAAACUGGAAACAGCCAGAGACAGUAGAACAAUGGAAUAUGAGAAACCUGGAGUAUCAAAGCAAGCCUCCACGUUUCCUCAAAAUAAAACAAAGUCAGGAGAAGAAUCUGUGAAGCACAAGGUCAAAAUUUUUAAACGGGAAUCAGCUGAUGGACGAUCGGUGUCAGAAUCUAAAGAGCCUGAAAUGAAGAAGGGACAGCAAAUUCCUGUUAAGAAAACUGGUCAGUUGGUUACACUUCCUCGGCGGUCUUCUGAAGAAAAGCAUGAAAAAAUGACUAAGGACAGUCUUAAUGUUGCUUGUUCGAGUGAAAGUGCAACAAAAACAGGUGUUCAGGAGAAACAGGAAGUUAAGAAAAAGAGAACAGAAAAGGGGGGAACAGCUAGUACUGUACACCCACCUGUUGCCUCUGCAUCCAAGCCUUCUGCUGAUCAGAUAAGACAAAGUGUUAGGCAGUCCCUUAAAGAAAUCCUGGAGAAAAGGCUCGCAGACUCCUCACUGAAGAUUCCUGAAGAAAGAGCAGCAAAAGUUGCAACUAAGAUUGAAAAGGAACUGUUUUCCUUUUUUCGGGAUACUGAUUCUAAGUAUAAGAAUAAGUACAGAAGCUUGAUAUUCAAUCUGAAAGAUCCGAAAAACAAAAUCCUCUUUAAAAGAGUAUUGAAGGGUGAAGUAACUCCAGACCACCUUAUAAGAAUGAGCCCAGAAGAGCUGGCUUCUAAAGAACUGGCUGCAUGGAGGAAAAGAGAAAAUAGACACACAAUUGAAAUGAUUGAAAAAGAACAGAGAGAAGUUGAAAGGCGACCAAUCACAAAAAUUACUCAUAAAGGAGAAAUAGAAAUUGAGAGUGAGACGCCAGUAAAAGAACAAGAAGUAGCCAUGGGAAUUCAGGAAACUCCUCCAGUUAAGACUGUGGAGAAGAUGGAGGAGAUGGAAAAAGAAAAAGAAGUUGAUGGAUCUGCUACUCCUGAUACAACAAGUCAACAUAAAAACCAUCUGUUUGAUCUUAACUGUAAAAUUUGCAUAGGUCGAAUGGCACCACCAAGUGAUGAUGUUUCUGGGAAAAACGUGAAAAUAUCUGUUGGAGUGGCCCGGAAACCCUCAGACAAUGAAGCUGAAAGCAUUGCUGAUGCACUGUCUUCAACAACAAACAUGCUAGCUUCUGAAUUAUUAGAGGAAGAUAAAGAGUUAUCAAAUGCAGCACUUACCCCUUCUUCGAGCUCUAGAUCAGAAACACCUGGCACUGUUGAAAGUGAAACACUAUUUCUAGCUCGCCUGAACUUUAUUUGGAAAGGGUUUAUCAACAUGCCAUCUGUUGCAAAGUUUGUUAUCAAGGCUUACCCGAUCUCUGGCUCCUUUGAAAGCUUAACAGAGGAUUUGCCAGAUAGUAUCCAAGUGGGCGGCAGGAUAUCUCCUCAAACUGUUUGGGAAUAUGUUGACAAAAUAAAAGCCUCAGGAACAAAGGAAAUUUGUGUGGUUCGUUUUACCCCUGUGACAGAAGAGGAUCAGAUUUCGUAUACUUUACUGUUUGCAUACUUCAGCAGCAGAAAGCGUUAUGGUGUAGCAGCUAAUAACAUGAAGCAAAUCAAGGAUUUAUAUAUUAUCCCUUUAGGUGCUUCUGAUAAAAUUCCACAUCAGUUGGUGCCUUUCGAUGGUCCUGGAAUUGAAGUUCAUCGACCCAACUUGUUGCUGGGGUUGAUCAUUCGCCAGAAGCUAAAAAGGCAGAUCAGUGCUGUCACUAGUCAUGCUGAAGAAAGUCCUGAAGGGGUGACACCAGAAAAGAAAAGUAAGCCAAGCAAAUCUGAGGCCCUUCAUUCAGAAAUAGUAGACAAAGAAGAAGAAGAAGAAAAUGACUUCUUCAAUUCCUUCACUGCUGUGUUGCACAAACAAAGAAUCAAGUCCCAACAACCUAACACAGAAGAAGCAACAGCAAAUGAACCUGUUCUGGAAGGCAUCAAACAUGAACCACCAAAGCCUCUACGGUUUCUUCCGGGAGUUUUAGUUGGAUGGGAAAACCAGUCUUCAGCUCUUGAGCUAGCAAGUAAACCACUGCCAAUGGAUGACAUCCUUCAGAGCCUUUUGGAUACUACAGGGCAAAUGUCUGAACAUACCCAACAAGCAGGAGACAAGUUUGUUACUGAAGAUCUGCCUUUAUCAGAUAAACAGGCCAUGCUGCAAGAGGAAAAAAUGGACAUUCCUGUAAUUACUACUGAAAUUGAAGAAACAAAGGAUACAAAUGAUAAUUCAAAAGACUCCACUGACAGUAUUUUAGCAUCUAAUAUAUCAGUAGCAGAUGUCUCAUGCUCUUCAGGAAGUCUGACAAACCUAAGUCUUAAGGGGAAGCCACCAGAUGUUUCAACUGAAGCAUUUUUAGCAAACUUAGCUAUUCUGUCACAGAACAAAGAAACCAAAGAGACUGUAGAAAACAGUUUAAAGUUGGGUGAUGCAGAUUGUGUUUCUCAGGAAACUAAAAGGACCACAGAUUUUCCUGUCCCAACAGGUGUGGGAAUAGGAGUUGGGAGCAAUAAUGUCAGUGUAGCAUCUGUUGAUAAUGUGACAAUGAACAGUUCAAAAUCCCCACAGUUCAUUAAUCUUAAAAGGGAUCCAAGGCAAGCAGCAGGACGAGGCCAGCUGAGCAGUGCUUCAGAAAAUGAAAGUGACAGUCUUAGAAAUGAAGAAAUACAAAAUAGUCAACAACUGGAUGUUUUAGGAACAGAGCAGGCAAAUAUAGACAAUGCACUGCUUUCAGGAAGUGACCUAGCCGUAGAUCAGAGUAGUAAUCAAGCAUGCAAGAAGAUAUUGCCUCCAGCUGCCUCUGUAGCGGAAAGUGCAUGUUCCUCACAGCUGGAAGGCACAAGUCAAUUGCAUGAAGAAGCACUGAUGCAAAGCAUUGAAACAGUUCAUUCUGUCCGAAGAGGAUUAUUACCAUCAUCUUCAUCAUCUCAGUUUGAGACUGAAAAUGCAUGCCCUUCUGACAUCAGUACCAAAAUUCCCAGUCCUGUUGCAAGUGGAAACUUCUCGCCAAUCACGACUCCCCAGCCUAAUUUCCAACUCACUAAAACUACACCUCCUGGUUUUCAGUUUCAAGGGGCUGUAGCCCCUAACUUUCCUCCACAAAACAACCCUGUGUUUGGAUUUCCCCCUCACCUGCCCCCUCCACUACUUCCUCCACCAGGUUUUGGCUUUGCUCAGAACACUUUAAUGCCUUGGCCUCCCAUGCUUCAUCUGUCAGGUCAGCCCCCACAUUUUAUUGGACCAGUCACACCAGCCCCACCCCUAGCUCACAAACCAACAAGACUCACUGGACCAGAGCAUUUUUAUCAGAGUAGAGACACUAGGCGACCAGAUAGACGUCACAGUGACCCUUGGAGUCGGCCAGUUCCACACACAGAGAGGGCAUUCAGUCGGAGGAAAAGUGAUCAGCAUAGGCAGAGGUUUUACAAUGAAUCUCACCACCCCAAAAAGGGCCGGCAUGAUUGGGAGACGGAUUCUGAAAGAAACAGGCACAGAGACAGAAACCAGGAUAAAGAAAGAGAUAGAAAGAGCAGGGAGGAUGGGCAUCGGGACAAAGAGAGGUCACGCCUUUCACACAGUGAUAAGGACUCUGAAGGCAAAUCCUCAAGAGAGGGUAGAAACCCUGAAAAAAAGGAGAGUCCCAAAAGUGAAGAGCGGGCCCAUGAGAAGGAGAAGGAAAGAGAAAAAAGUAGGGAGAGGCAUAGAGAGCGGGAUAGUGAAAAGAACAGAGAUAGACAUCACAAAGAUAGGGACCACAGUGACCGAGGGAAAAGCAAAAGGUAAAAGCCAAGAAGGGUUCAGGAUAUCAUUUUUAAAUGAAUAGGAAAUAAUCUGUUUUAAAUAUGUCCUAGAACUCUCUGUAAAAAAUAAUAAUACUUGGAUAUAAUUGUGCCAUCAUUUCUCUUUCUUUUUUAUAUUCCCUGUUCAGUGUUUUAUAGAAACAAGUCUGGUUUGGUAUCAGUCUGCGUACUUCUUAAUUCAUUUUUUAAAAAACAUUCUGUUUGGCCUAGGAGCAAAGUUGAAUCAUUCAACACUUUAUGUUGCUUGUGUAGUCAGUAUUUUAAGAGUUUUCUUUUAAAUAUGCAAUAAAAACGUGUAAUUUCCCCCCCCCCAUUUUUCAAAUUUAGCUACUGUUGAAAUGUUUGCAGCCUUUGGUGAUGCAUACUUUCUGUUUGAAGAUGCUCCACUAACUAUAAAAGUGGAGUUUGUACCAUUUCCUCUUGUAAAAUUGCACUGGCUUUGUAAAUGGACCGUGGCAUAGCUUCAGAAUCCAUAUUUGAAUGUGAUAUGCGGCUUAUGCUGGAGUUGAAGACUUGCAAAAGAACAAUGUGGGAAAAAAAGAGCAGUAUUGAUCAUUGGAUAAUUUCCACACAUGUUAAACAGCUUGAGAGCAGAAAUUAUAAGGCCACAUAGUCUACAUUUUAUUGCUUAUCAACACACUUAAUAGGCUUUUUUUUGCACCGCUAGCCUCUGUGCUCUGAUUUGUAUUAAUUUUCCACCCAUCUCCAUGCCUUGAAAACUUGAAUACCUAAGCUUGUACAUGACAUUGUGUUUUACUAUCCUUUAUAUUGUAAAAUGUAAAUAUUUUAAGGGAUAUUUUGAUUCUAAAAAUGAUAAAGCCUUCUCACUGCU